AUGUCGGUUAAGUAAGCCUCCCCCCGUUCCUUAUAUCUCUGUGGUCCUGCAGGAGGAGGCCUUGAAUCCGGUGUUGGUGGUAUCGCUGCCUCUCGUCCUACCCCACAAGCCGAUACCGAGCCUGAGCGAGAAGCAUGGGGAACAUGAAGACGAGCAAAGCUGAUAGAAAGCGCAGCUGGGUUAUGGUCGCCGAGAAUGGUGGAUACACACCUCUUCCUGGGGAGCAAACCUUAUACCAGUCCCCUCAGCGAACGACGCUUUCGCUGCAGACAAGUCAUCACCAUCCGCCGAGCCAGACGUACUCGCAGCAGUGCAAGUCAGGUGUCGUGUACCUCACAAACCGACGAAUAAUAUACCUCCCCGUCUCUCCAACACCCACCUUCCAGUCCUUCGCCGUCCCCAUUCUCAACGUCGCCGACUCGCGUGUCACAGCACCCUGGUUUGGCGCAAACAAGUGGGAAGCCGUUAUUCACCCAGUCACUGGCGGUGGUAUAGCUUCACAACACGGCGAACUGGACUGCGUCAUGGAGUUCAAGGAGGGCGGUGCGUUUGAUUUUCAUAACACGUUCGAGCGGCUGAAGGAAAGGCUGCGCCAGACCAUCGACGUUGCGCGCGAAAGCGGUGUCGACGAGACAGUAGCAGCGGGCAAUGUAAACAUGGAGGAUCUGCCGGCGUAUGAGGAUACAAGACAACAUACGAGUGUGCCAGAGGUACCGCUGAGCCCGCCCGUCAGUGCAGGGCUGAGUGGUGCGAGUGCAGGAGGACCGGUCACGGCGACUGCAGAAACAGAGGACCCGCGGAGAUCAAGUCCGCUGCAAAACACACAGCCAUUCCAGCCGCCGUCAGAGCCGCCGCCAGGCUAUGAGGAGGUGCAGAGGAGCAGCAUUGCGGAUGAGCUAGAGAGGAGACUGUCAGACCCUCAUUGGGACGAUGAGCUUCGACGGUAG